GAGAUUCUUCUUCGCCUUCAACGAUAAGACAGAGAAGCAAAGAGAAGAUCUCCGGUGGAAGAAACAAGCCGGAGUUAUCAUUUUCAACUUCUGUUUUCUGAAAUUUUCUCCGAUUUGGAUCUGUCUCCGACUGGAAAGUGUGGCAAUGGCUAGCUCCAAAGGAUCACAGAGUGUUAGAAACUUGAUGUACCCGGGAAAGCAUGCUUUGCUCCCACCAAAAAUACCGUUUCCUAGUGUUUCAGCAUCGUAUUCUGAGUAUAUUCCGAGUGGUUUGAUUGGUUCAAGGCAUGGUCAGAAGCUUAGUGGUGAGAAAACGCACCACCAGCGGACUUCCUCUGAGAGCCAUUUGGUAGAAGAGCUUCCUUUUUGGCUUGAUGAUCUUCUCAAUGAGCCGGAUAGCCCUGCUCGCAAAUGUGGUCAUCGGCGGUCAUCAAGUGACUCUUACGCGUAUCUAGAUGUGGCUAAUGCUACAAACAUAAGUUUGACUCUCCAAAAUGAUUUCAGUUAUAGGAAUACGGUUUCUUCCACUCAAAGAGGAAUUCAGGAGCUUGACCGAAAUAAAAAUGUUCAGGAUGCUGCUUUCUACUCUGAUGCUAAUUUUCUGAAACAGAAGAGUCGGCAGCGGGAUUCUUUGGUGGCAAAUGGCGCUCGUCCUUCUUGGCUACCUUACACUCGAGAGAGCGGUGGCGGGAAAAACAUGGGACCAUUAUAUAUGUCUCAAGAUGCAACAGUAAUAUCAGAAAGAAAGAACUAUGCCGAACCUCUUUCUCAUGACCCGAAAAUGUUAUCUUUUGAGGAAAACAACUCCAAUCCGCCGCCUGUGACUUAUGAAGCUGACAAUACUAAACGAGCCAAACAGCAAUUUGCACAACGAUCACGAGUCCGUAAGCUCCAGUACAUAUCUGAGCUAGAAAGAAAUGUACAAACAUUGCAGGCAGAAGGCUCCAAAGUUUCAGCUGAACUUGAUUUUCUCAACCAGCGGAAUCUUAUUCUGAGUAUGGAAAAUAAAGCUCUUAAGCAGCGACUCGAAAGUAUAGCUCAGGAGAAGCUUAUCAAACAAUUGGAACAAGAAGUGUUGGAAAAGGAGAUUGGAAGACUACGAGCGCUGUAUCAGCAACAACAACAAACUCAAAAACCAUCAGCUACUCGCGGACGUGCUACUAGCAAAGAUCUCGACUCUCAGUUCUCGAGUCUUUCACUGAACACCAAAGAUUCCAACUGUAGGCGUGACUCUGUAUCUGUGAUGGGUCAAUUCCACUUUUAGUCAAUGUCUCUCUACCCACUGGUUCAUUAGAUCUCAAGGGCAUGGCGCUUCAACAACAUCAGGCCCUAAUCUACUGCCUCACCGCAGACGUUUUUUAACUCCCCCGUCUUUUAUUUUUCUUAUGAUUGACAAGUUAACUCACCAGUGCACCUGGAAACCUAUAUUACUUCCAGCAGAUGGCUUGCCUGAGGUGGUUUAGUUCGAAGAUCAGACACCUGGACUUCAUUUAUCUGGUGAUUGUUGUAGCAACUUGUAAUAUUCGAACCCGGACAAAAUAAAACAUUCAUAUCUGGAGUUGUACUAUGAUCUCCACUGUUUGUAUUUUAUGUUACUGGUAAAAUGGUGCAUUCCCUUGGAGUGAAUGAUUCAUGUAAAGUUGAUGACAUUCUCUGUAGUACUAUCCCAAGUGUCAAAAGAUUUGAUUGCUUCAGAUCUGCAUUUAACUUGUAUGCACAUUUACAGUUGUUUCAUUGCUCUUUGUCAAGCCUCAUGAAGGGCCUAUAUGGUGUAACUCGAAUGUUAUAAGAAAGUAAACUUGUUGCA